AUGUCUUCUCCAAACAACAAAUCAGCCGCGAAUGGCGAGGGCGGGGUGCCCAACGAUGAGAAACCGCGCCUCACUGAAGAGGAAAAGAAGCAGAACCACAUCGCAUCAGGUAUGAAGGUCCGCGAUGUUUUCGUGAUACUCUUAUACAUUCAUCUGCCUUUCCUGAACAAUCUGAAUCUAAUGCGCACGCACACAGAGCAAAAGCGCCGGCAAGCCAUCCGCGAAGGCUUUGAUCGCCUGACGGAGCUGGUGCCCGGCCUCGAAGGUCAAGGAAGAUCAGAAGGCUUGGUCCUCAAGCGGACAGUGGAUUACAUGCGCGAGCAGCUCUCAGAGAGGCAGGCGAUUAUCGAUCGCAUCGAGCAGGCUGGAGGCGAUGUUGACGAGAAGCACAAGAGGUCUGGCUGCCAUGUGACCACAUGA